UUGCCGCCCCCGUCACCUAGCAACCAGCUGCAGUCACAAGUGCCGGUCGCAACAGGCGCACCAUCUACUUCCGAUUAAUGGAAGACCAUUUCCAGCCAAGGCCCCUGUAUUGCAGGAUCAAACCUGUCCUGGACAGGUUUUUCAAUGACCAGGAUACACGCCCUGAUUUCAGGCUGAGCAGGGAGUCCCUGAAGGUGCUGCUGGACCUCCUGGGUCAGGACAGGAGACACGGCUGGGGGGUCACAAUUGAGACCCUGGUGUUCCUGUUCUGGCUGGCAAGUGGGGCAUCAUACAGGGUGGUCUCCAGAGUUUUUGGGAUGCCUAGAUCCACGGUACAUCGGAUUGUCCACAGAGUGACUGAGGAGGUGGUGGCCAUUCGCCACCAGGUCAUCCACCUCCCCAGGACAGAAGAAGACCUGGAGGCUGUGUCGUGUGGGUUUGCAGGGCUGGCCAGACACAGAGCCUUCAGGAAAGCUGCUGGAGCAAUCGACGGCUGCCAUGUUCGCAUCGUGCCACCAAGCGGCCCUGAUGGUCACUGUUACAGAAACAGGAAACUGUUCAGCUCAAUUUUGCUGCAGGCUGUUUGUGACCAUCAGGGCCGCUUCAUUGACACAUACGUGGGCUGGCCUGGGUCAGUCCACGACUCUAGAGUGCUCCGCCACAGCCCACUCUAUCGGCGGGCACUCUACCCUCCUCCAGGGCACUAUAUCCUCGCAGACGGGGGUACCCCUGCCUCCAACAUCCACUUCCCCUCAUCACUCCCUACAAACGGCCGCUGCAAGGUGUGGGACCCCAGCGCUUCAACAGCCAUCACUCCCGGGCACGCUGCAUCAUCGAGCGUGCCUUCGGGAUGAUGAAAACAAGAUUCAGGAGUAUCUUCCUGCAAGCGCUGGAGGUGCACCACACCUUUGUUCCUCAAAUCAUAACAGCAUGUGCCGUCCUCCACAACAUCUGCAUUGGGGCCGGCGACAUCAUGGCCCCAGAAGAGGACAUUGUGGAGGAUGUAGCGGAGGAUGAGGGGGAGAAUGUGUUGGAGGCAGUCAGUGGUGCUCCUUGGCGGGACCAACUGUCUGCAGAGGUGUCUGCCCUGGAGGAGGUUCCUGGUGACCACGAUUAUGUGUAAAGUGACAUGGCAGCCGUCGAUUGCGUCCGCCCUGCGAACCCUAGCCCAACAAUCCGAUGUACCGUGGAGAGAAGCAUCCCCAACAGCUCUGGAGACCACCCCAAAAUGAAGCCCCACCCACCGUCAGAGGACACCAGGGUCUUAAUUGUGGCAGCCAGGUCCAGCAGCACCACCUGGGACUCCCUGCUCAGCCUGAAUAUGUAUAUAGUUUAAAUGUUGUUUUAUUUGUAUGUUAUUUUAUUUGU